AUGAGGGUAAAGCUUGGGAGUUCUCUCCCAUCAGGAGACAAGCAUGGCGUCAGUGUCUGUAUACCGAUAUGGGAAGACAAUAUAGCUUGGGCUAAAAGAGACCCCGAACUCAUAGCCCAGCUAAAGAACGGAUACCCUCGAUUCUUCGUCCCUCUUGUCGUCGACGAACUCGCAGAACGAAUACUCACAUGGACUUCUGAGUUACCUUCAAGAUUUCUUACAACCGAAUUUCGAGACGAGCUGAGGCAGUCGUUGAAAGAGCGCGGACGAUCGGCAAUGCUACUAACAGCGUGUUGCUGUGCCAAAGAUCUUCAAGGAUAUCUAGAAAGGCAGCGAAUGAGAGCAUUCGUCCUCGUGGUUGGCUUCGACGGUAAUAUUCGUCCUGUGAAAAAGUCAGAGAACGGAAGUGACUUGAACGAAAUCUAUGUGGUCAUUUACCCUCAACAAGGAGAAAAAGAGGCCAAAGCAUUCUGGCAACAUGCCGGCUAUGGUAUCUCGAGUCGAAGAGCGACGUAUUGGCUAGAGAAUGCCCCUUUUUUGAAUCGGGGCCGGGAAUUGCCUGAGGCCAAAGAGGCCAAGAUUGCCAUGCAACAACGCAUUGCAGACUCGCUUAGUACCAAAGACAACAAGUUGAAGAAGAGUGAUGUGUUAUUAUAUCCCACCGGCAUGUCGGAUAUUAGCCAUAUCCAUGAUAUUAUCAGCCUUUACACUACAGCGACAAAGAGGACCGUUGCGAUCUUCGGAUUUUUGUAUGUUUAUACUUUCAAAGUCUUAAGCAAGAUCCACGGGUACUAG